AUGACAGUGACGUUGUGGGUCCUUAUUGAAAAUUUAGAAGAUUCUGGAGAGUUUAAGCUGGACAAUGAUCACGCUAACUUGGAUAGUCUCAAAACACUCCUUCUCUCACAGUCUGAAGUUCUCAAAGGUAUUCACCCGCCUCUGGAUAAGACUAGACUCCAGUUCUUUAUCGAUACUGAACGCAUCCAAAAGCUUGCUAGCGGUACUUUACUACGAGCUCUGGAAACUACUUCUGAAAAGCCUCUCAUUUUGCGGUACCCGUUCUCUGAUAAUAAGGUUUCCAUUCGCAUAAAUCUCGGCAGACCUUGGCUGGUUGCAACAAUACCUCAUAACUCCGGUAUGUGGUUUAACUCGCGUCAACGUGCCAUAGAUAAAUUCGAUAUUUUGAAGACGGAUCCGCGCCCACACUUCUUCUUCUUCAAUAAUGAUACGCAAACUGAAAUUAUAAACGAAUAUGAAUUUAAUGAGAUGGUGGAACAAAUAUCCCCGAACAAUAAUAAAGUUCGCCAGGUGUCUGUGACAGUUCGAGUGGAAGGUUGGUUUAUCUCGUUUAAGAAAGUCCUAAUCAGUUAUGAUAUGAAUGCUCAUAUGUCCGAUUUUCAUGCUUCGGCAGGAAUGAAAGCCUACAGUGAAUGGAAUUUAAGUGAAAUCACUAGAGCCCUCUUUGGAGAAAUGUGGGACUCUAUAGAUUCUACUCCUAAAUUCGACAAAAAUGAACUACCAAAACCUGAGAAAGAGAUCGAAGUUCCGGAUGGGUUUUAUAGUGAGAUCAGAAGAAAACUUGAGGCCUUCCAAACAAUCAACAACGAACCCACUGUUCGUGAGUUCACUUCACCAUUUCUCACAACGGCGGUUGUGAUUUUGAAGAAAAAUCAGCAUAAUUUAAAACUGAACGCGGAAAUAAAUCUCCAAGGAAGCCGGGGGUUUGGUCCAGUUGAUUAUUCUAUCGAGAGUGAUGGCAUGUUAGUAAUUGUUAUUGAGGUAAAGAAAGAAGACUUCAAUCAGGGUACAGCGCAAGCAUUCGCCCAAAUGCACAGCGCAGUCGAGGCUUUAGAGAAAAAGCGCAAACUCGAUCAGACUGACUUUGAAGAAGGCAAGUUUCCUGUCAUGAUGUAUGGUAUUGUAACGAAUGCUCGCGAAUGGGUGUUCAUUCGCUGGGUCGGCGACUCUAAAAAACCGAAAAUCGCGAUGACAACGCAGUUGCCUUGUCCAUUCGAUG